CCAAGACGCUCUUAGAGGUGAGCACGCAACACCCUUUGGAGCUUGAUAGUGAGUGUGCUCUAGCGAGUGACGACGCCACAGCAAACUCUCUCGGCAUACAAAACUAGUACCAGUAGUAAACAACAGAGCAGAGAAAGAAUAUAAAUUCUUUGAAGGGCCGGAGAGGUAACUAUAGGGGAAAUGGAUGUCGAGUCGUCGAGGCAACAAGGUCCCAAGGGGGACGCCAACUCCAACUCCAUGGCUGCCGCCUCCGAGGUCUCUGUGGACUGGAGGGGCAGGCCUUGCAGGCCUCAAAGGCAUGGAGGCAUGAAAGCUGCUGUGUUUGUCCUAGGGAUCCAGGCGUUUGAGAUCAUGGCGAUUGCGGCGGUGGGGAACAACCUCAUCACCUACGUGUUCAACGAGAUGCACUUCCCGCUGUCCAAGUCGGCCAACAUCGUCACCAACUUCAUCGGCACCAUGUUCCUCCUCUCCCUGCUCGGCGGCUUCCUCUCCGACUCCUACCUCGGCAGCUUCUGGACCAUGCUCAUCUUCGGCUUCGUCGAGCUCUCCGGGUUUAUACUGCUGGCGGUGCAGGCGCACCUGCCGCAGCUGCGCCCGCCGGCGUGCGACAUGAAGGCGGCCGGGCAGUGCGAGGAGGUGGCCGGGGUGAAGGCCGGCAUCUUCUUCGCCGCGCUCUACCUGGUGGCGCUGGGCAGCGGAUGCCUCAAGCCCAAUAUCAUCGCGCACGGCGCCGACCAGUUCCGGCGCGACGGCGAGGAUCAGGCCGUCGAUGGCGGGAAGCGGCUCUCCAGCUACUUCAACGCGGCCUACUUCAGCUUCUGCGUGGGCGAGAUGGUGGCGCUCACCGUGCUCGUCUGGGUGCAGACACGCUCCGGGAUGGACGUCGGUUUCGGGGUCUCUGCCGCUGCCAUGGCGGUCGGCCUUGUCAGCCUCGUCGCCGGCGUCGUCUUCUACCGGAACAAGCCACCGCAGGGCAGCAUCUGCACGCCCAUAGCAAAGGUCUUCGUCGCCGCGGUAGCCGAGAGGAAGCAAGUGUGCCCAUCGUCCAGGGCCACACUGCAGGGCAUCUCCUCCACGGGUGCACAUGAGAUGCGUCUCAACACCACCAACAUCUGCCGCAUCAAUAAGUUCAGGUUCUUGGACAAAGCGUGCGUGAAGGCGCAGGACGGUGGCAGCAAGGAGAGCGGGUGGGGGCUGUGCACGGCGGCGGAGGUGGAGCAGGUGAAGGUGCUGCUGUGCGUGGUGCCCAUCUUCGCGUGCACCAUCGUCUUCAACACCAUCCUCGCGCAGCUUCAGACCUUCUCGGUGCAGCAAGGGAGCGCCAUGGACACCCGGCUCGCCGCCAACUUCCACGCCCCCCCGGCGUCGCUCCAGGCCAUCCCCUAUAUCAUGCUCAUCGUGUUCGUCCCGGCCUACGAGGCCGUCUUCGUGCCCGCCGUGCGCCGCCUCACGGGGGUCGGCACAGGCAUCACGCCGCUCCAGCGGAUCGGGGUCGGCCUCUUCGCCGUCACCUUCUCCAUGGUGGCCGCCGCGCUGGUCGAGGCCCGCCGCCGCCACUCGUCCGUCUCCGGAGACGGGCGGACGCUGUCCAUCUUCUGGAUCGCGCCGCAGUUCCUGGUGUUCGGGCUGUCGGAGAUGUUCACAGCCGUGGGGCUCAUCGAGUUCUUCUACAAGCAGUCGCUCUCCGGCAUGCAGGCCUUCCUCACCUCCAUGACCUACUGCUCCUACUCCUUCGGCUUCUACCUCAGCUCCGUGCUGGUGUCGCUCGUCAACAGGGUGACCUCGAGGAAUGGCGGCAAUGGCUGGCUCAGCAACAACGACCUCGACAAGGACAGGCUCGACCUCUUCUACUGGCUCCUGGCCGCGCUCAGCAUCCUCAACUUCUUCAACUUCCUCUUCUGGUCGAGGUGGUACUCCAACAGCGUCGAGACGGUGCAGGUUGCCGGAGUUGGAGGCGAUGGUGGCAGUGAGCAGGAGGAUGAGAAGGGUUCUGCGUGACCAGUAUGCAUUAGUGGAUUAUUAAUCAAUUAACCUUAGUUUGUUUACCUUAUAUGUAUAUCUAUGGCUCUGCCUUGUAUCGGAGUAGUGUGUAGAUGUGUGUAUGGGUCUCAUCAACUAAUUAACGAAGUGUUGCACAUGUGGUUAGUUAUUAAUUA